UACAAGUCACUCGGCCGAAUGGCGCGCGGCGAGAGGUUGUGUCUCCUUCGCUUCGUGUCGUGUUUCUCGUGUCCUCGGUUACUCUCCAACAACUUUUUCUCAAAGACAAUGUUAUAAAGUGAAGUGACCGAAACAAUUUAACUUCUUACCAAAAAUGUGCCAAUAACGUGUGUUCUGUGAUUUGUGUUUUUGUUUCAAAAUAUACCAAGAUGGGUUCAAAAAUCGAGUACGUGGAUUCGUCACAUUUAUACGCGACCAACUACGUCCGUAAUUCGAAAGCUAUAGGUGUGCUUUGGGCCAUAUUCACGAUUUGCUAUGCGAUAAUAAGCGUUGUUGCUUUUGUUACUCCUGAAUGGAUUGGUGAUUUGGAAACUGAAUAUCCGAGGAAGUUUGGAUUAUGGCAAGUUUGCCGAGCUGAUGAAGCAGUGGAAGACUGUAAGGGGAGACUGGACGAGUUUCUGUCAAUUAACGGACUGGUUUUUAAGAUCGCCACUGUGUUAGUAGGCAUAGCGGUCGCGCUAGCCCUGUUUACGAUAUGUGCUAUGCUACUGUUCUUCUUCUGUCAAUCAACGACCGUGUUUCACAUCUGUGGAUGGGUGCAGCUGUUAUCUGCGGUAUGCAUGGUGGCAGGAGUGGCUGUCUACCCCGCAGGGUGGAGCGAGACGGCCGUGCAAGAGACCUGCGGGCCCACCGCCGACCAGUAUAAUAUAGGUCGGUGCCACAUCCGCUGGGCGUACCUGCUGGCGGUGAUCGGGUGCCUGGACGGCAUCGUGCUGGCCGCGCUGGCAUUCAUCCUGGCCACCAGACACGUGCGGCUGCAGCCCGACAGCGGCUACCCUCCGCCCUCGCUCUAUAAAGGCGAAGUGAACAACGCGUACGUGACAGACGCCACGUCGGUGUCCGGGUCGCGCAAGUCGCUGGCGCUCCAGCCGGUGCUCAUCAUGCACCCCCACGCUCCCAUGGACAUGGACACGUACUCACACUACUCGGGGCGCACAGCACGCUCCAAACACGGCAUGUACGCAAACUCCACUAUGAACAUGCAUAACUAUCAGUUGUAAAGAGAUCUCAUAAGAUCCGUCAGCAGCUGCAGCUCUGCACGGCAAACGCGCUUGAUGAGGGACUUUCCGGAUGAAGUUCUUUGAAACCACAUAGAUGGCGUUAUUGAGUUUAGAAUGCUGGCAGUACGGCUACAGUCCAAAGUAAAAAAAAACCUGAAGUGUUGACAUAUCUACUCUUUGGUCAACAUGGGUCAACAUAAAGAGUACUUAUUCGUUUUUUAUGGACUUUGAAGUUUUGAAAUCUGGCUGCUACAUUUGAAUUCCGGUACUAUUGUACUCUUUGACGACUUAGCUGCAAUAUUUGGACAUCGAUUUUGCUACAUGCAAAGACCCGACUGUGACAAUUUACUAAGAAAUUAACGGCAAUGUUCGCUUUGCCUGUCCUACGGGCACAAUAUCAAAAAAAAUACUAUGGUUUAUAACCAUACAACUUCCUAAGCUGAACAACGUCAUCUAUGUAUUUUUUUAAAUAACGUAAGCAGGAAAAUCCCUCAUUGUAUCGGCGGUUUCCACCAAUAGACGCAGCGAAUGCUAUCUUCGUAGAUAGACAUCGCACGGCUAUUGGUCCAAGCCCUCGAUAGAAUUCAUGCCCAUGCCGCGAAGGCUGGCUCGUAUUUUUGAAUUGUUCGCCCCCAACUCAAGUGCGAAUGUACUUACAUACCUAUCUCAUCUUGCAAAUGACAAGUUUUGAUGUGCUACGUGUAAUGAGUAUACUUAUUUUAGCACGCGAUCACAUAUAUAAAACCACAAUAAAACAUUGUAAAAAUGUGGUAAAGUCGCGUAGACGAGAAAGUUCUCAACAUAUUCGCUAGAUGGCGCUGUAAGAGUAUCUUUUUAAAUUUUUUGGUCUGGUUUCAGUGGCGUUGGUCGAUCUAAAUCUUGAUUUUUGGGGUUCCUUAAUUCACGCAUCAGUAAGAAAAUAAUAUAUUAUUCGUAAUAUGUCUGUCUCUUUGUUUCUUAUGGCCUAACGUUACUGAAAUCAAGAGUGUUGAUUAAAAAAUAAAACAGCUUUUUUACUUAAGAAAAUGUGCAGUGCAAGUACAUAAUGGCGAGGUAGAUAAAGAUGGAGUAAAGUGGAUGAAAUGUAUAAUUAAUAAAUUAUUUUUAACCGUCCUUUUAUUUUUCGAUCCUGUAAUAGCUGUUUUAAAUAAAAAGUAUAACUUAGUAAGAGUAUUAAUCCGUUCAUUUUACUCUAGAUUUAUAAAGGAUUUUACUAGUAAAUUAAAAAACAUGGCCGCCGCUUAGAAAUUGCCAAUUUUAAGAAUUGUUUAAAUUAUUUUUAACUUUCUUUUUUGGAAUUAUUUUAUUUAAAACGUUAAACUUAACUAUUACCUGAAUUAUUUUAAAGUACCUAAUGUAAGAUACAUAUUAGACGUGUAAAUAUUUUGUAAGUUACGUAUGUACUUGACUUGUGCUGUUAAACCGUCCAUUCUCGAUAAAUAACAUUCAAAUUAUUAAAACUUUUCUUACCAGGAACAACAACGAAUUAUUAAUUAUUAUUUUAUACAACGAUUAAUAAAUCAGUAUGAAUUAUUGUGCCUUGAUAUGUAAUGUUGUACUUUGUUUUAUUAUAUUUACUAACGUAAUAAAAUAAGAUUUAUUUUAA